UCACAACUAUACAAAACAACGUAAAAGACGCACUCUUCGUUUUCAUUCCACCCGUGUCCAGUUGCAGGCCUUACCUCUACCGCUAAAACCAUAACAACGUAAACCGUUCCUCUCCCAUUCAUAUAUCCCAUUCUACACACACAUACAAACACAUUUCAUCCUUCGAUCUUUCUCUUUUUCUCUUCUUUUUUGUGCGCGUGUUUUCCACUAUUAAUUUAUUCAUAUACAAACACGCGCACAAAUGGGUUGUGGAAAAUCUAAACUUGACGUUGCUCCCGGAAACACCAUCCUCAAGAGCCAGAAACAAAGUGUCGAUGAUUCCAAGGUUGGCCAGGAAAAUGGUGCAGAAACAGAAACCAUUCAGAAGAAAGCCAUAGACAACAACAGUGUUGACAAUGAGAACCUCGAAAAGGUUGUUGCUGAUAAAUCCGAUGUUGUUGUUGUGGAUUCUAACGAGACGGCAAAUGUUCAGCAAGAAGACAAUGCAUUGCAGACGAAGAAUGAAGCUGUUGUUGUCGAAAAUAAGACACGGGAGAUUGUUGCUGCAGAUGAGAAAGAUGAAGAAAAAUCUACAACAGAAAACCAAAAAGAGGUAGAGAGUUUGGUGAAUGGAGUUGAAGAAGAAACAAAAGCUACCAAACAGGAAGAAACAUUGGUCAAGGAAGAUGAAGAAGAAACAAAAGCUAAAAAACAGGAAGAAACUUUGGUCAAGGAAGAUGAAGAAGAAACAAAAGCUACAAAACAGGAAGAAACUUUGGUCAAGGAAGUUGAAGAUGAAACCAAAGACACAAAUCAGGAAGAUAAUUUGACCAAGGAAGAAGAAGCCAAGGAAACUGUUCAGAAAGAGAUUGUGGCCAAUGAAGAAAAAUCCGACGAGACAAAUGUUUCCACCUCUAAAGUUGAACUAAAAGAUGUCAAAGUUGAUGAGAAGGAACAAUGAAGAAUUGAAAUUGGAUGAAGAUUAAACGGAAUUGUAUUGUGACAAGUUCACAGGUUGAGGAUGUUUUUUUGUUUGAUAAUGUUUAUGUGGAUUUGGUGAUGAAUAUGCACUGUAUGUUCCUUAUUCUUUGAGUCCUCUUACAAAAGUUGUUCAACUCAUAAUAAAUAUAUGAAUCAACUUUGAUUUA